AUGUUGACAAAUCCUAGAAAUCCUGAGUCCAAGGGACCAGCCAUAGCCAAACCAACCCCUUUCGAUGGAAACAGGAAACGAACCGAGCAGUUCCUCCACGAAAUUGACUUAAUGAUCCUCGCCAGGAAAUAUGAUUUUCCUGGCGAAUUUGCUAAAAUCGCCUAUGCCCUGUCAUACAUGAAAGGAGGAUCCGCCGAAUUAUCUGGGGUCGACCUAGAAACCAAGAAAACACAUUUCCUACGCGGCCUAAAAUGGGAAUUGGCUCGAGGAAUCUACCAAGAUCCCGCCAAACAAGAUACAUGGGAAGAACUGGUAGCGAAAGCUAAAAGACAUGAAACAAUGCGUAUAGAAGAAAUGCGCGCGCGCGACCUCAGGCAAGGAAAAUACCAAGUCUUUACCCCAAGCAAUUAUUACUCCAACAUCGCACCUCCUCGCCAAGAAAGGGAAUCGCAAUAUGUCCCAAUGGACGUAGAUGCAGCAGAAAUGGAGGCCGAUGCCAUCCGCACUCGCUUCAAGAAGCUCACACCCGGGGAAAGAAGCCAACUCGCCAAAGAAGGCAAGUGCUUCUAUUGUAAGAAACCCGGGCAUAUGGCGCGCGGGUGUCCCUCUCGGCCCAAACAAAGAUUCCCACCCCCUUCCCGAGGAAGAUUCCAACCAAAGCGCCGCAUGAUGCGCGCCAUGGAAGAAGAAGAAGGAGGUGAUGAAGAAGAUCAAGAAGAAGGAAAGCAGAGGGUCGCCUACAUUCAACAAAUGAUGAUGGGCCUCAGCAUGGACGAAAUUGAAGAAGUUCGUGCUUUUAGCGAAUCGAAGAAUUUUUAA